UCGAAUCAAAAAACAUUUAUUAGUAGUCUACGGGUUAUGAUACUGUAUCAGCAUCUCAUAAAACUCAUGAAGUAUCCGUGAGCAAAAAGUGCCAUUACAAUGAUGUACAAUAGUGGCUUACGGUAUAUMUUGACAAGUUUGGUUGUUACAAUCUUGUUACAAUCAGAGUUCUAUCAUGCCCAAGGCCAAUCAUCAGCUGUCAAUAURACAAUAAAUAUUUCAAGUASCAUUAUCACAAACACUGCAGCUACAACAUCAACUAUCCCAGGAAUCAUCCCAACCACUGUUACUAGUCUGCCAUUAGCUACAGCGUCAAUUAAUAACACAACCAGUUCGCCGCCAAACAACACUGUUCCUACAAAAGAUCCAGGCAAUGGAAUUACAGAAAAGGCCACUUUUUUUCUUCUUAUUGCGUGCUCAGCUUUGUUCAUUAUUAUCAUAAUAAUUCUUAUUAUUUUGGUGAUACAGAUGAAGAACUUGAGUAAGAAAAUCAAAAAGUAGACUUUGCAUUAGACAUUGUUGAGACAACUUAAACAUGGAUAGGAUUUAGUUAUCAACUAUUUAGUUAACAAUAAGUUAAGAAAUGCAUUUCCACAAAGGGUUCAAUUUUCUAGCAGUCCAGAUUUGAAAAGAGCAGCAAGGCCAAAAACCAUACCCUGGCCAGUGGCACGUUCCUGUAUAGCAAAUAUAUGGGAGGAUUCACAGGCAUUAACUGYACAAAACCCUUGCAAAAAGCAUAAGACUGAUCUUAAAUCACAGACAACAAGGUCAUUGAAUUAAGGAUAAACUGUACGAAAUGAACGUUAAACCUAUUAGGUAAUGAGGGGCAACUCAGAAAUAAUCUUUUGCUCAGCUCUGCUAGGUGACAUGGSAGCUUAAUACCUUUUUAAUAUCAUUCAGCUUUAUUGUGUACAUAACAGGUUUAAUUUGAGCUUUUGAACUUUAGUCAAUAUUGCUUCCUAUAUGUAAUUAGAUGCUCUACAAAAUCCCAAUUACAAUAGACUGUGUUAUCAGUGAAAGAAGUGCAUAUUUUCAGAUCUGCAAAGAUAGUAUUAUUUGACAACUAAACUUUGAGGACUAUGCUGUUUGCUGCAACUAAAUCAAAUAAUUUAUUUUUCGAAUUUAAAUUUAUCAGGAAGGAUUGACCCUUAGUACUAUGUACAUAGACUUUUUAGAAUUAUUUUUGUAUAAAAUAAAACACAAGUCAACUUCACAAUAAAAUGCUGUUUUGACAUCA